GUUAAGUGUGGAUGAACCCCCAGACCAACUUUCAAAUAUAUAUAAACUCUGUGCACAACUUCAAGAGGAUUACUCUUAGCAGAGUUCAGAGUGCUAAGGAAAUGGCGUUAGUACUGCUUUUCGUGCUCUGCACUCUGGUCGGAGUCAUAAGAUGCGAUGAGAAUGCAACGUCGGCUUCUUUUGUGUUUGGAGACUCUCUGGUUGAUGCUGGGAAUAAUAAUUGGUUACCGACGUUGUCAAAGGCUGAUAUACAGCCGAAUGGGAUAGAUUUUACAGCCUCUGGUGGCCAGCCUACUGGGAGAUAUACUAAUGGGAGGACUAUUGCUGAUAUCGUUGGUGAGAUGUUGGGGCAAAAGGGAUAUGCACAACCAUUUCUAGACCCGAAUACAACAGGACCAAUUAUACUCCAAGGAGUGAACUAUGCAUCAGGCGGUGGAGGAAUUCUGAAUGGCACAGGGAGAAUUUUUAUCAAUAGGCUUGGGAUGGACAUUCAAGUUGAUUACUUCAAUAUCACAAGAAAACAGAUUGAUGGAUUGUUGGGAAAGGACAAAGCUAGAGAUUAUGUAACGAGGAAGGCGAUUUUCUCGGUAACUAUAGGAGCAAAUGAUUUCCUCAAUAAUUAUCUACUGCCAGUCCUGUCUACAGGAGAGAGGAUAUCUGAGACUCCUGAUGGUUUUGUUGAUCAGCUCAUCUCCACCCUGAGGGGUCAACUAAAUAGGCUUUACUCACUUGAUGCAAGAAAAUUUGUGGUGGGAAAUGUGGGGCCAAUUGGAUGCAUCCCAUAUCAGAAAACUAUAAAUCAGCUUCAGGCAAAUCAAUGUGUGGGCUUAGCAGAUAAACUAGCAAGGCAAUACAAUGGCAGGUUAAGAGAUCUGCUCACUGAAUUGAAUGAAAAUCUGCCUGGAGCAAAGUUUGUGCUUGCUAAUGUCUAUGAUCUCGUCAUGGAGCUCAUUGCUAAUUACCAGAAAUACGGAUUUCAAACGUCAAGUAAAGCUUGUUGUGGCAACGGAGGACAAUUUGCAGGUAUAAUACCGUGUGGUCCCGCUUCAAGCUUGUGUGAUGAUCGUUCGAAAUACGUAUUUUGGGAUCCCUAUCAUCCAAGCGAGGCUGCAAAUCUUAUAAUUGCGAAAAAAUUAGUAGAUGGAGAGGUGAAGUACAUAUCUCCCAUGAACCUCCGACAACUUAGAGAUAUCUAAGUUUGAGAUCAUAUUGUUCCAAAGUGUUCAUACAUCAUGUUUAUCAGAGUAUGUAGCAUGAUGUAUAUGGAGUUAGUUUUGUGGGUUUCAGAAUGUUUAUGUUUGUAAAAGGGUUUUUUUAGAGGGUUUAUAAAACAUGGGUUGCUGGGUUUAUUGGUUUAUCUAGUUCCAGAAUGCGACAUGACUGCAAAUUGUAACUUGAUAGCGCUACAUUCAUAUGUGUAAAUGCAAAAGUACAGGUUGUAGCUUGGACUUUGACCUGAAAUACUUAAUGAGCAAUUGAACGAUAUUGUGACAUAAGAUUUUUUU